UUCCAGCUCAGAUCAGAUCAGACCUGUACCUCUGCAGGAACCCUCAUACUUUUGGCUCCAAGUUGCCUAUUUCUGUCUAACCUGGCAUCCUCAGAGACUCUCUUUGUAGUUCCACAUUCAGGACGGGCUCUAAAUUCCUCUGUGUUUAAGCUGUUUCUGCUGAGGCCAUGUUUUCCAAGGCCACUGCCAAAUUCGUCCGUCAGGUUGACCCAGAGGGAAGCCUCAUCCACGUUUCCCGAGUAAAUGACUCCCACAAACUGCUCCCCAUGGCAAUCGUCGUCAAGCGCAACCGCGUCUUGAUGUGGCAGAGGCCCAAGUACCAGCCGACAGAUUUCAGCCUGGGCGAUCUGCUGCAGGGUAACCAGGUGCUCAGACCUGCAGUGACUGAGACAGAAUUCCUAACCUACAAGGGGACGUUCAAGGGCGAGCACUCUGGGAAGUUGGACACCGAGGCCGGCCCCGCAGACCUCUCUUUGGAGAGCCUUGGUUUUUCCAGGCUGGAGUUUUGUUUUGGAAAGCUGAAAAAAGAGGAGCUGGAUGUGAAAAAGCUGUUGGAGGACUCAAAGAGCAGAUUAGUGGAUAUGCAACAUGUUCUAGUGCAGCAAUUGCAGAAGCACACUGAAGUUCUGACCGUGGUGAAAGAGCGGAUCGUCACCACCAACCCGUGCUCCAUCAACCUGACGAAAAAGCAGCAGUAUACCUUUAAAGGUGUGCUGAAGCUGUUCAGCUUGCUGGGAAGAUCCCUGAAGGUUAGUGGAAAGGACAUUGACCUCUUUGAAGUGGACAAAGACGUUUCCUUGGAGAUCCCCCCUGGCACCGUGAUUGCAUACAGCACAAUGGAGCUGGAGAUUGAAAAGAACGGACACUAUGAUAUACGCCUCCAACCCGGCACCACUGGAGGCUUCAAGAGCGACUCAAUACCAUUUCAUGAUUGCUUUGACUCAGUGGAUGGCCAGGACUUGCGCCAUGGAGGGCCAGAGACGGUCCUUUCUCGUCUGGCAGAACUCCACCAGUCUACUCGACGCGGCUUAGUAGAGAAGCUCCAAGAGGUUCUUAGGGACAGGGCCGCUCUAUGCUUCAUGCAGAACAUGCUGGAGAAAUUGUGUGAUGGUGAAACAGUGCAAACUCCCGUCAUCAAUGAGAAGGAGACAAAUUCCCUUCCCAUCGUGGAUCUGAUGGAAUCAUGCUGCCUCUCUGAAGACGGCCCGACUUGCCCCUCUUUACACCUGGACCUAUUUUACGGCCUGGUCAGUGCCAUGGAGGAGCUGCCCGACGAGACGCUGAACAUUUUGAGCAGCUGCCGACCUGAUUUUCUGAAAGGCUUUGAUGCCCUGAUCCGCGGGUUAAAGGACAGCAGAGGGAAGCUGUCUGUUCAGUACAUUCCUGCCAAUCUGCAGGACAACCAGGUCUUCCAGCAGGCGGAGCAGCUGCUCAGGUCGGUCGGUGUGACGCUGCAGAGAGACUCUGAGGUUCUCCACAUGGAAGCAGACCCCUUUAAAGAGGUUCCCCUGCUUCUCCUUGGUGUCAGUGUGCAUGGACUGGCCUUACUCUGCACUGACCUAUGUUAGAUGCACACCUACAGUAUUUCUUUUCUUCAUUGAGAUUUAUAGCAUUACCUUUUCCGUCUAGACUUUUAUACCGUCUUAGCUUCAUUUAUUUCAUGGCUUGAUACAAUCUUUAUUAUU